AUGAAGAUCAUAUGGAAGUCAUGUGUAGAUAAGGCAAAGCUUGCCGUCAUGCUAACGUUCGAAAAGAUAUCCAGUGGUGUAAGCUUCCAAGAGGUUGCAGAAAUGUACAAUGCAGUUCUUGUGAAUGCAGACGUGAACGUCUAUCUAAGCCCUGAGAAUGAAGAAUUUGCUGAGCUGAUGAAGGGCUUCCAGAGGGCCACUGAUACAGCUUCUUUCGCCAGUGACCUUUUAUCUUCAGUGACAGCAAGCAUCACACAAUCGGACUCCGGCGAAUCGCUUGGUGGCUGGUCAUCAUCUGUCUUCUCAUCAAUGGGGCCUGAACUGGUAUACCUCUGUCACGAAUCAGGCGUUUUGAAGGUGAAUGCAGACGUGAACGUCUAUCUAAGCCCUGAGAAUGAAGAAUUUGCUGAGCUGAUGAAGGGCUUCCAGAGGGCCACUGAUACAGCUUCGUUCGCCAGUGAUCUUUUAUCUUCAGUGACAGCAAGCAUCACUCAAUCGGACUCCGGCGAAUCGCUUGGUGGCUGGUCAUCAUCUAGCCUUACUGAUGAUCCGGACGAAGUGGAUAUUGACGUGGAAAUAGAUAAAGCUUUGCAGGAGGGGCAUGCCUUCGACGAAGCUUCCGCGGAGUGUGCUGAAGAGCAAGAUCCUUUGCUGCCAAAAGCAACCACUGAGGAAAACACAAGAAAACCAAAACAACGAUUGACCCUAAAGGAAGUGGCAAAAGAAGUAUUGCAUGAGGUUAGCCUAAUAUUUUCUGAAGGAGAUAAAGAGUAG